AUGCCAGAGGAGGCUUUAAACGGUGUAGAUAAUAAACCACUUUUCGAUUUGGAUUUUUUAGAAAACGAUUCAAGAGAUCUGAAUAAUAAUAAUAUUCCCAAAAAGCAGCGAGCAUCGGCUAUUAUUGAUACCGAUUACGAUGCAGCUAGUAAUACGUUAACUUUGGAUGAUAUUAACAUUCAAAAUGAUUUCGACGAUAAUCCAUUCAGUGACAGAAAUGCAUAUAACUUUGAUGUAACUGAUUAUAAUAAUAAUAAUAAUAAUACUUCUUCAUCAUUACCUCUUAGAAAGGAAAAACAUGGCGGGUUUUUCAGCAAAAUUUUUCGUAAGAAAAAGUUAACAACACCAGGAACCUUUGAAAUGCACACCUUUGACAAUCUACAUGAAGAUACCGAUGAAGAAAGGUAUAAAAAGUCUAGGAUGCAAUUCAACAUUAAAGUUUUGUUUAACAAAUAUAUUUUGAGGAAAAACUUUCCGUCAAAUUCUGAAUCCCAAACAAGAGAAAUUUUUAUUAAUGAUCCUAGUGCUAACUCUAGCUUCGUAAGUAAUUAUAUUUCAACCACAAAAUAUAAUGCAGCUACUUUUUUGCCCAAGUUUUUGUUUCAAGAAUUUUCUAAAUAUGCAAAUUUGUUUUUUCUUUUUACAUCUUUAAUUCAGCAGGUACCAGGUGUUUCUCCAACAAAUAGAUAUACUACAAUUGGCACUUUAAUGGUUGUCUUAGUUAUUUCGGCCAUAAAAGAAUGUAUAGAAGAUAUUAAAAGACUGAAUUCAGAUAAAGAAUUAAAUUAUUCACCUGUUCUGAUUUAUUCCACUUCAAUAAAUGAUUUUGUUGAAAAAAAAUGGGUUGAUAUUUCUGUUGGUGAUAUUGUUAAACUUCAAUCUGAAAAAGCAGUACCUGCAGACGUGGUUUUGAUUUCAUCAUCGGAACCAGAAGGCCUAUGCUAUAUUGAAACUUCCAAUCUAGACGGAGAGACAAAUCUAAAAAUUAAGCAGGCAAAGCCAGAAACAACCAAAAUUAUCGAUGCCUCGGAUAUAUCAAAAAUGAGCGGUAGAGUUAUAUCUGAAGCUCCUAAUUCAAGUUUGUAUACUUAUGAAGGGACUAUGCAUUUGAAUGGAAAUGUUUUCCCGCUUUCUCCUGAGCAAAUGAUUCUAAGAGGUGCUACGAUUCGAAAUACAGCAUGGAUUUAUGGAUUUGUUGUCAAUACAGGCCAUGAAACCAAAUUGAUGCGUAAUGCUACCGCUACACCAAUCAAGCGGACGGCAGUGGAAAGAAUUAUUAAUCUACAAAUCGUAGCGUUGUUUGGGGUCUUAAUUGUUUUAUCUUUAAUUUCUUCCAUAGGCAAUGUAAUUCAGGUAUCUGCAGGUUCUAAACAUUUACAAUAUUUGUACGUUAAAGAAACAAACAAAGCCAGUUUAUUUUUUAAAGAUCUUUUAACUUAUUGGAUUUUAUUUUCAAAUUUGGUUCCCAUUUCAUUAUUUGUUACCGUUGAAAUGAUUAAGUAUUAUCAAGCUUUCAUGAUUGGUUCAGACUUAGAUUUAUAUUACGAGGAGACUGAUACACCAACUGUUGUUAGAACUUCUUCUCUUGUUGAAGAAUUGGGCCAGAUUAAAUAUAUUUUUAGUGAUAAAACUGGUACAUUAACAAGAAACAUCAUGGAAUUUAAGUCGUGCUCCAUUGCUGGCAAAUGCUAUAUAGAAACUGUUCCUGAAGGCAAGGAGCCUACCGUAGAAGAUGGGGUUGAAGUUGGGUAUCAUACUUUCCAAGAGAUGCAAAAUACAUUAAAAGAUCACUUGGAUCCUGCUUCUCCAUUAAUUGAUGAAUUUUUAACACUUUUAUCUAUUUGCCAUACAGUGAUUCCCGAACUUAAUGCUGAUGGAUCCAUUAAAUAUCAGGCGGCUUCACCAGACGAGGGUGCACUUGUUCAAGGCGCUGCUGAUUUAGGCUAUAGAUUUAUUAUUCGUAAACCAAGUUCUGUUACCAUUUCUGUAGAUCGUAACGGUGAGCGAAGAGAAUACGAAUUACUAAACAUUUGUGAAUUCAACUCUACAAGGAAAAGAAUGAGCACUAUUUUCAGGUUUCCUGAUGGUUCAAUAAAAUUACUAUGCAAAGGUGCUGACUCAGUAAUUUUUGAAAGAUUAGAUGAAGAAAAAAAUUUAUAUGUUGAGAGCACUACUAGACAUUUAGAAGAUUAUGCAACUGAGGGGCUAAGAACCUUGUGCAUUGCCGUUAGAGAUAUCCCCCAAAACGAAUAUAGUACUUGGAAAGAGAUUUAUGACAAAGCGUCUACAACUUUGGAUAAUAGAUCUGAAAAACUGGACAAUGCUGCAGAAUUAAUCGAAAAAAACUUAUAUUUACUUGGGGCAACAGCGAUCGAGGAUAAGCUUCAAGAGGGUGUUCCGGAAACUAUUCAAACUUUACAAGAGGCAGGUAUUAAUAUUUGGAUCCUAACGGGUGAUAGACAGGAAACAGCGAUUAACAUUGGAAUGAGUUGUCGUUUAUUAAGCGAAGAUAUGAGCUUGUUAAUUAUAAACGAGACGAACAAAGAAGAUACUGAAAAGAAUCUGGUUGAAAAACUUCAGGCCCUAAGAGAUCACGAUAUGUCCAAAAUUAGCAGUGACAACUUGGCUUUGAUUAUUGAUGGUAAAUCGUUAGGGUAUGCAUUGGAUGCGGAUUUGAACGAUUAUUUGAUGCAGUUGAGCUCAUUGUGUAAAGCAGUGAUCUGUUGUCGUGUAUCGCCUUUACAAAAGGCCCUAGUGGUUAAAAUGGUGAAGAAAAAGACGGACGAUUUACUUUUGGCCAUUGGGGAUGGUGCUAAUGAUGUGAGCAUGAUCCAAGCUGCGCAUGUUGGUGUUGGAAUCAGUGGUAUGGAAGGUAUGCAAGCUGCUCGUUCCGCAGAUUUUGCUGUCGGACAAUUUAAGCACUUAAAAAAAUUGCUUUUGGUACAUGGUUCUUGGUCAUACCAAAGAAUUUCCCAGGCUAUUUUAUAUUCUUUUUAUAAAAAUAUUGCAUUAUACAUGACUCAAUUCUGGUAUGUUUUUGCCAACGCAUUUUCUGGUCAAUCUAUCAUGGAAUCAUGGACUAUGACAUUUUAUAACUUGCUUUUCACCGUUGCACCACCAUUUGUUUUGGGUGUCUUUGAUCAGUUCGUUAGUUGUAAACUAUUGGAUCGUUAUCCACAACUAUACAGACUAGGACAAAAGGGACAAUUUUUUAAUGUAACCAUAUUUUGGGGGUGGAUUAUUAAUGGAUUCUACCAUUCUGCAGUGACAUUUAUUGGAUCCAUUUUAUUUUAUAAAAAUGGGAUGACUUUGCAUAUGCAUGGUGAAGUAGCCGAUCAUUGGACCUGGGGUGUUGCUGUUUACACCGCAAGUGUUAUCACUGUUUUGGCAAAAGCUGCAUUGAUUACAAACCAAUGGACUAAAUUUACUAUUUGGGCUAUUCCAGGGUCCUUGGUCUUUUGGAUAGUGUUUUUCCCAAUAUAUGCUUCAAUAAUGCCACAUGCCAACGUUUCCACUGAAUAUCGCGGAGUUGCCUCUCAUUGCUAUGGUUCAGCUACAUUUUGGUGUAUGUGUAUUGUACUACCAGUCUUCGCUUUGUUGAGAGAUAUUCUUUGGAAAUAUUACAGAAGAAAUUAUAUACCAGCUAGUUAUCAUGUUGUCCAAGAAAUGCAAAAAUAUAAUAUUACAGAUAAUAGACCACGUAUUGAGCAAUUUCAAAAAGCUAUUCGUAAAGUUAGACAGGUUCAAAGAAUGAAAAAACAAAGAGGGUUUGCCUUUUCUCAAAGUGAGGAUGGCGGACAAGAAAAGAUUAUGCGUAUGUAUGAUACUACUCAACAAAGGGGUAUUCAUGGCGAAUUACAUGAUGCAUCUUUGGAUCUUUUCAAAGAGGAUCACUCUCCAGCCGCUUGA